AGUUACAUUCCCCGCUGCCUUUUUACUGCUUUGCCUCAGCAGCUUUCCCCUGUCUCGUAAUCUCCUUCUAUCUGGCUUUCUCUUCUGUCCCUCUUCGUCACUGCUGCCUCUUCUCUGUCUAUUCUCUCCACUUUAAUCCUUUCAUUUUUAAGUAUUCACAUUCACCUGCUCCCCUCCCCUCUUCUCUGCAUCCUACCCACCUUCUUAUCUCUCUUCUACAAUUCCCUUUUUUUUUCUUAAUCUUUGCUUUCUUCACUGUUCUGUAAUAUAUCAUCCGUUCACUUUUUUUUUUUGGUGUUACAGUUUUCUCCCGUCUCUUACAUUUUCCUUCUCAUUUCUUUCUGAAAUCUAUUUUUACUCUUUUAUUUUUCUGAAGUUCUGACAAGUUCUCGCCUUUCCUAAUAUUCAACCUUUUGUGCUUUAUAUUUAUUUAACCUUCUUCUGUUUUUUUAGUUUUAUUACCUGAUUCUGUUUUUGUUUUUUUUUCCCCGCUACAAAGCUGCAUUCUGUGUCUCCUCAAAGACCACAUAUCCUGUUCUCCGGAGGGGCCACCUGCCUCCCCUCCACAAACUCCGGCACCAUAGCUCCCCCCAGCCGUGGGUCCCCCGUCCCUUGGCCCCAUUUGGCCUUGGGAGAAAGACCUUGGUGGCAGUGGCAAUUGGAGUAGUAAUGGUGCUAAUUUUGGUAAUCCUCAUUCCAGUGUUGGUCAACUCUGUGGGCUCCGAUGGCCACUAUGAGAUGUUGGGCACUUGCCGGAUGGUGUGUGACCCCUACCUUAGCAAAGCUGGGACAACAACCACAAGUAGCAGUAUUCGAGCCGGCACUGGAGCUGAACCUUUAAGCGACAGAGGACAACCAGCCCCAUCAACUUUAGUUCAAGGUCCUCAAGGAAAAGCUGGACGUCCGGGAAAGCCAGGACCUCCUGGAGAGCCUGGGCUACCUGGCCCACCAGGUCCUGUAGGUCCACCAGGAGAACGGGGAGAACCAGGAAAACCUGGACCACCAGGACUGCCAGGAGGUGGAGUGACUGGUGCCAUCAGUACUGCUACAUAUACCACAGUUCCACGUGUGGCCUUCUACGCUGGCUUGAAGAACCCCCACGAGGGCUAUGAGAUCCUCAAAUUUGACGAUGUGGUCACCAACCUUGGGAACAAUUAUGAUGCUGCAAGUGGACGGUUUAGCUGUACAGUACCAGGCACCUACUUCUUCACCUACCAUGUCCUGAUGAGAGGUGGGGACGGCACCAGCAUGUGGGCAGACCUCUGCAAAAACGGACAGGUUCGUGCCAGUGCCAUUGCCCAGGAUGCAGACCAGAAUUACGACUAUGCCAGUAACAGUGUGAUCCUCCACCUGGAUGCAGGAGAUGAAGUCUACAUUAAGCUAGACGGUGGUAAAGCUCAUGGGGGCAAUAACAACAAAUACAGUACCUUCUCUGGGUUCAUCAUUUACUCGGACUGAGAAGGCCCCUGUAAGGACAGUGCCCAGGCUCACCUUCACUGCCAGGAAGCAAGGAGCCCACCAGAGAAGCAUGGGCUGGCUACCUGGAACAUUUAUGUCCCCUACACCGCACCUUGUGUGCCUGGGGUUGUGUAGCUGCUUCCCCUUCUCUAUGAGUCCUUAUCUCUCUUGUGUCAUUGACUCACUCCUGCACCUUCUCCUAUGCUUCACUGUGUCUCUGCUCAAUAAGAACUUGCUACUGCCACCUUGUUUAAACUGCCCUCCCCCAUAAGCGCUAGUAUGUCCCAUUGGCAGGGCUCAUGUCACUUUACAGAACUCAAACCUAUACCUUUUCUUCUAAUGUUCAUCGUGAUCUGCUUUCCCAUGAUAUGUCCUUCAAAAGCUUACAGUUGAGACACUUAAUUUUCUCUUGCUAAUGAAACUAAAGACGUCAUUUGAACAUGACAUCUGUGACCUGACAUUGCUAAGAACUGAGUCUCAGACCAUGUAAAAAUUGAUCUGGUCCAAACAACAUGACCCUCUUCAACUAGGUGGAUCUUUAACAUAGUGCACGUAUUUCUUUGCAUUUCCCUGUUUUUUUGUGUUCUCCAGUCAUGAAUUAAUUUUUCUACCUGGCUUCAUCCUUGCAUACCCAGCAAAGCGUUAGCAUCUCUAAACAUUUAUUUUUCUAAUGAUCCUAAUCAUAUACCAAGGCUCAUGCACGAUUACCUCUGUAAAGACUGAUGCAUGUCUCUACUACACCUCAUCUUAAUACACCUCCACCAAACCCCCAUAUGAAUCUCACUGCCAAGCCUGCUUCAUGCUUAUGCAACAUUUCAUCCUUCUAAAUAUCUACCAUGACUUACGCAUAAACACCUCAGCCAACUGUAAUGCUUGUAUCCUUUUGCCUCAUUUUCAUCCUUCCACCCCAUGGCAUGCAUUUAUCUCCAUGUCGAACUUAUUGAAACGUAUCUGCUCAGCAUUAAUGCCUGUAGUACCUGCUAACAUGGUGGCUGCAUCAUAAAACAUAAACACUUGGGGGUAGAUUCAGAAAGAUCAGCGGAUCUUUCUGCUGGCGUAACGUAUGUCAUUUACGUUACGCCGUUUUUCA